CCUUGCCUACCACCUUGUCACUGUCAAAUGAUAAAGUUUGCAGCAUCGUUUGGAAAUUUUUUCUCCGGAGUUUUAUUAUUUUCAGGAAAAGGCAUGCCCAACUAGUUUGAAGUUCCUCGUACAUGAAGCACUGCAGCGAUGGCUCAACUUUUGCGUGGAAAAUCAAGUAUCGAUUUACAUUUCAGAAAUAUCCGACCUGCGGCGUAUGCCCUAAGUCAUGUAAAUUUCUCUGGCUUUAGUUACGGCAGUGGCCACAGUCGACAAAAUUUUUACUUUCGACAGCACCAGAACUUCCUUCGACGGCCCAAAUUUGGUGGCUAUCAAUAUUACCGGGGGUACGGAAUGUUUGUCGGAAGAGUUCUUCGAGGGAUUCUGAAGCUUCGCUACCUGGUGUUAGGCGGUGCGAUCGGAGGUGGAGUAACUCUGAACAAACGCUUUGAAGAAUGGAAGGAUGGGCUACCGGAUAUGAAGUGGCUCGAGGAGGUGAUGCCUGACAAUGAAAAGUGGGGACAAUUUACGAAAAGCUUGCUUGCGAUGAAAGAUUCCGUUAAGGAUUCCAUCGAAAUCGAUCCGCGUCUGAAGCAACUGAGCGAGCAUAAGAUCAACGAGUGGCGUCAAUGGUUUGAUCAACGGUUGGAUAAUGCAAUAGAGGCAGCUGAAACUCAGCAGAAUCCCCAAAUCGAAAGUUCCUUCCAGAAUCUAUCUGAUUUCAUUACUGAAUUAUAUGGAGCCACCAAAGAAGAACUUCGGAAUCAAAACACCGUAAACGCGAAAACACUUACGACAGAGGAAAGCCGGAAACGGGUAGAAACCUUACAAACUCAGGUUGACUCUCUGCAAACCGAAAUAAUGAAUGUCCAACUUAAGUACCAGCGAGAAAUCGAAAAACUAGAGAAGGAAAAUCGAGACCUUCGCCAGCAAUUUCUGAUCCUGAAAACGAAUAGGAAGCAACCAAUGAAGAAGCGCAUUAAAAAAUCACUGAUCGACAUGUACUCGGAAGUGUUGGACGAAUUAUCGGGGUACGAUACAAGCUACAGCACGGCAGAUCAUUUACCUCGAGUUGUGGUCGUUGGUGAUCAAAGCAGUGGUAAAACUUCGGUGCUAGAAGCUAUUGCACAAGCUCGUAUUUUUCCUCGCGGCAGCGGAGAAAUGAUGACCAGAGCUCCGGUGAAGGUUACUCUGUCGGAAGGUCCCUACCAUGUGGCGCAGUUUCGAGACUCCGAUCGGGAGUACGAUCUAACUUUGGAGCGAGACCUAGCUGAAUUGCGCCGGGACGUAGAAAUUCGAAUGAGAAAUUCUGUACGAGGAGGGAAAACCGUUAGCAACGAUGUGAUUUCAAUGACGGUAAAAGGACCGGGUCUUCAGCGGAUGGUUCUAGUAGAUCUACCUGGUAUUAUUUCAACGCAGACUGUAGAUAUGGCGGCCGACACAAAAGAUUCAAUUAAGCACAUGACUGAGCAUUACAUGAGUAAUCCGAAUGCAAUUAUUUUGUGCAUACAGGAUGGUUCUGUCGAUGCCGAGCGUAGCAAUGUAACUGAUCUGGUAUCCCAGUGUGAUCCACUUGGAAAACGAACUAUUUUUGUUUUGACCAAAGUUGACUUGGCUGAAGAUUUAGCGGAUCCGAAUAGGAUCAGGAAAAUUCUUUCAGGAAAACUAUUCCCCAUGAAGGCUCUUGGAUAUUUCGCCGUUGUUACUGGUCGAGGUCGCAAAGACGAUUCAAUUGAAACGAUUCGAGAAUAUGAAGAAAAAUUCUUCAAAAACUCUAAACUGUUUCAAAGCGGUGUCACCAUGUCACAUCAGGUCACAACACGGAACCUCAGCCUCGCAGUAGCCGACCGCUUCUGGAAGAUGGUCCGUGAAACCAUUGAACAGCAGGCGGAUGCAUUCAAAGCUACAAGGUUCAAUUUGGAGACGGAAUGGAAAAAUAAUUUCCCUAGGCUGCGGGAGUCCGGUCGAGAUGAAUUAUUCGACAAAGCAAAGGGGGAAGUCUUGGAUGAAGUUGUAAACUUGUCACAGGUUUCGGCUAAAAAGUGGGAAGAACUUCUGAACAACAAACUAUGGGAAAAGCUAUCAAACUACGUAUUCGAGAAUGUAUAUCUGCCAGCAGCACAAUCCGGGUCACAGACAGAUUCUUUCAACACCAUGGUGGAUAUCAAGCUUCGGCAGUGGGCUGAACAAGCUUUACCGGCUAAAUCCGUAGAAGCUGGCUGGGAAGCAUUGCAGAAAGAAUUUCAACACCUAAUGGAAAUUGCUCGAAAAACACCGGACCAUGACGACUUGUACGACAAUCUGAAAAGUGCCGUAAUAGAUGAAGCGAUUCGGCGUCACUCUUGGGAAGAUAAAGCAAUCGACAUGCUUCGGGUCAUACAACUAAAUACGCUCGAAGAUCGCAGUGUGCAUGACAAGCAUGAGUGGGAUCAGGCAGUCCGGUUCCUGGAAACAUCGGUCAAGGAAAAACUGGAACUGACGGAACACACGAUUAGUGAAAUGUUCGGCCCAUCAACAACGCAAAAAUGGCUACAGUGGCGCUCAUCUACUGAAGAGCAAAAUAAACGAAAAUACGUCAAAGGUGAACUGGAUAAAAUUCUUUCCAGUGAUUUGAAGCAUUCUCCCACCUUGAGCUACGAUGAACUGACAACGGUGAGAAAAAAUCUUCAACGAAACAAUGUCGAAGUAGAAACUGAUUAUAUCCGAGAAACGUGGUAUCCGAUCUAUAGAAGACACUUCCUGAAGCAAGCGCUAAACCAAGCAUACGACUGCCGGAAAGCGUACUACCUGUACUCCCAACAAGGUACCGAAUGUGAGGUCAAUUGUAGUGAUGUAGUGCUCUUUUGGCGCAUCCAACAAGUGAUAAAGGUAACGGCCAACGCUUUACGGCAACAGGUCAUUAACCGGGAAGCUCGCCGAUUGGAUAAAGAAAUUAAGGAAGUUCUCGACGAAUACGGCGAAGACGAUGACAAAAAACAGCAACUCUUAACGGGAAAACGAGUAACCCUGGCAGAAGAACUAAUUCGUGUGCGGCACAUCCAGGAGAAACUGGAAGAAUUUAUAAAUGCUCUCAAUCAGGAAAAAUGAACUCACUAAGUCUUGACGCUUUUUCUAGUCUAUCAACUAAAAAAAAUAAUGAAAAGCUAAGGCACAUAAUGCGUUUAAUACACGCAUAAGACAACAUGAAUAGUUAAAAACUGUCAUCUGCAGAUACUAAGCAUCUUAACAAAAAGUAUCUAUUCCAUUUACGCUAUUUACUUACAUUGGUUUUGAACUGCAAAAGAAAUAUUCUCUUCGUUUUCUCGUGUUAUUAAAAUCUUCUCGAUUCAACAAAUUUAGAUCAUUAUUAUUGGUAGUUUCAUAAAGGAACAUUUUUAUGUGAUUUAUGCUAAUUCUAAUUUGUAAUUUACGAUAUUUAGGCUGGAUGAUAAUUAGAAUAGAAUAUUGAGAAAUCGUGUUGCACGAUAAACUAUGUCAGAACAGAAAAAUUUAUGUUAUCCGAAAAGAUUCAAAAUCUUUCACCAUAACGAAAUAAAGGGUGAUUUUUUAAGAGCUUGAGAACUUUUUUAAACAAUAAAAUUUGCAAAAUCUCA